AUGGAGUCGACCGAGGAUGGAACGGCUCGAAAGGAGGCCCGCAAGCAUGACAGUGCGUUGCAACACAAGGAGGCAGCGCGCGCCCAGCGAAAGCUGGAGCGCAAGUUGAAACGGGAAGAGAAAGCCGAGGCCAAGGCUGCCCGCAAGUCCAACGUCAAGCGCGCAGGAAAAUGGACUGGCGAGCGCAAGGAGCUGGACAAGCUCAAGAAGGCCGCCAACAAGGCCGCGAAGCGCGAGAAGAAACAACAGCGCGAGGUGGCCAACGCUGCAGAGAUCCAGGCUCAGGAUGAGAAGCUAAAGGCUGAGGUUGAGAAAGCCAAGGCCCGGCAGGCGCACCUGGCCAAGCUGCAGGAGCAGGAGAGCACGUCGGCGGAGGACCUCGAUGAGGGGGACAAGACAAAGAUGAGCAAGAAGAGCAAGAAGUCGAAGAAAACGCAGGAUGAAGAGCCCGUACAGGAUGCCGAAAAUACACCAGCGAAGAAGCCCAAAAAGUCCAAGAAGCACAACCAAGAACCCGAGGCUGCGAUCACCACCAUCGAGGCCGGAAAGUCUUCCAAGAAAGACAAGAAGCGCAAACGAGACGCCGAUGUCAACGAAAACCCCUCGGAUGUCCCAGCUGAAGAUGAACUGCCAGCCAAGAAGUCAAAGAGGGAUAAGAAGGACAAGAAACACAAGCCAGAAACCGAGCCCGAGCCAGCGCAUGCACCGGCCGACGAGGAGCCUCCCACGAAGAAGCCCAAGAAAUCCAAGAAGCGCGACCAGGAACGGGACGUCCCGGCCCCGGUAGCCGUUCCGGCGGACGAGGUCGCGCUGAAGAAGGACAAGAAGGACAAGAAGGCCAGAAAGGAGAACAAGAAGGCCGCCGCCGAAUGUAGCGGGAAGGACGAGGCCGGCAAGGACACGACGGCGAGCGAGAAGGCACUGGCGAAGGCACAGGCUGAGAAGCCAACAGCAGCAGCUGAGGCCGCCAACUGGAACGUUACCGCGCUUGAGGGCGGCGCCUCCAGGCAAGCCAAGUUCCUACGGCUUCUAGGCGGCAAGGGCGCCGGCACUGCCGCCGCGGCCGCGGGGCCUGCUGCCUCGGGGGCGGCCCGGUCGUCUUUCGACGUGAGCAAGGUAACGGGAGAUCUGGAGCAGCAAUUCGAGGCCGGGCGGAGGAUGAAGUUCGACAUGGGAGGGCAGCGCAAAGGUCUGGGUGCGUGA